CAAAAUCGCUAGGCCUAGAUGACGCUGCACUUGUUUCCCCCCACGUCUCGAUUGCAGUGUGUUGACUGUUGAGUAAUUCCUAGCUAGAAAACAUUGUGUGUUGAUUAGGGCUAUAUUGAUUGAUCUGCUCCCAAAAGGCAGCAAAUGUGAUGCAUGUCUCCUGUUCCUCCAGUCAAAUCUUUGGGAUUUGCCACUGCAGAAUAUUGUCCGUUCGAUUUCUGCUUGAUAAUCGUGUCUAAUUGAUGGCUUUUCCGUUCAAAAUUAUAGGUAGCAAUGCUGAAGAAGAGAAUGUCAGCCAAAUUUACAUUAGGAAGCUUUGGUGGGAAUAUGAUGGACUUUUUAGCAUUGUUCAUAUUUGGUGGGAACAUGAUAAACUUGCCUUGAAUUCAGCUUGGUAUGAUGAAAUAUUUUUUUGAUGUUGGUGCAUCUGCCUAGACAAUAGAUAACUAUUGAUUGUUUUCUUGGACUUUGAAUUGUGUACUCUGUUGGAAGAAUUUGUUUAUAAUUGGAGUUAAGAAUAGUUCAAGUAUUUGACAAAGCUAGUAAACAUACUUGUUUAACUAAAGAUUCUGACUUCAGGAUGCUAGGAGAGUAGUGGAGAAUAUUCUUAAGCCAGGGAAUGAUAGACAAGUCUCAAUAUUAUAGCCACCUUUAAUUUAAUAAUUUAGGAGCUGUUAUGUAUAAAAUAUGUGAUUGAUUAGAAUAUGCAAAUGCGGGAUGUCACUGGUGUCUGGUUGAGAAUAUCAUUACAUUUACUAAGUCAACUUUGAAAUGCUCAGACAUAAAUUGUUUUCAUUGCUCUCGACGAAUUCAAUGGGUAGAAAUGUUAAGAAAUUAUGAUUGACUUGGCCAUGAAAAAGAUUGGACUUUAUAUUAUAGACUGAGAAGUUUUGACCUGACUGUGUUUUAAUUUACAGAGGGAUACAUUAUUAUCCACCAUUGGUGCAGAAGACAAGAUUCGUUAAGAAUAGUCAAACUCUCUGUUUUUGUUAGAAAUGGCUCAAGGAUUGCAUCUGAUGUGGGUGAUCUUCUGUGUUCAUCUGAUUUGCGUCUCAAGUCAACAGGAGACAGAGUUUAUCUACAAUGGCUUUGGCCAAGAAGAUCUUUAUACUGAUGGGGUUGCCAAAAUUCUUCCUAAAGGACUGUUGCAGUUGACCGAUGGUUCCGGACAGAAAAUGGGUCAUGCCUUCUUCAAGAAGCCUUUUGAGUUCAAUUCAUCUGAAUCAUUCUCUUUCUCAACACAUUUUGUGUGUGCGCUGGUGCAUAAGCCAGGAUUUAUUGGUGGUCAUGGUAUUGCCUUUGUUUUAUCUGCUUCCAUGGAUCUCACACAUGCAGACGCAACACAGUUCUUGGGACUUUUUAACAUCUCGACUCAAGGAUCCCCUUCUUCUCAUCUUGUUGCUGUUGAGCUAGACACUGCCCUCAGUGCUGAGUUUGAUGACAUUGAUGCCAAUCAUGUUGGAAUUGAUGUCAAUAGCCUUAUGUCUAUCGCAUCUACUUCGGCGGCUUACUUUUCCGAGAUAGAUGGGGAGAACAAAAGCAUAAAGCUUUUGAGUGGACAUCCUAUUCAAGUUUGGGUGGACUAUGGAGGAAAUGUACUUAAUGUUACGCUGGCCCCUCUUAAAAUUCAGAAGCCAAGCCGGCCUCUUUUGUCAAGAUCCAUCAACCUUUCAGAAACAUUUCCAGAUAGAAAGUUCUUUCUUGGGUUCUCUGGAGCAACAGGAACAUUGAUCAGCUACCAAUACAUACUCGGGUGGAGUUUUAGCAGAAACAAGGUGUCAUUGCAGACCCUUGAUGUCACUAAACUUCCUCGAGUUCCUCGUCCUAAGGCUAAAAAUAAGAGACCAUCAGUGGUGCUUAUUGUUCUGCUCAUUUUUCUGGCAAUCAUAGUAUUUUUGGCUCUUGGAGCAGCUUAUGUUUACAGGAGAAGGAAAUAUGCAGAACUAAGAGAAGAAUGGGAAAAAGAAUAUGGUCCACACCGUUUUUCUUAUAAAGAUCUGUACACUGCAACGAAUGGGUUUAACAAGGAUGGACUUCUUGGAAAAGGAGGUUUUGGAAAAGUUUACAAAGGAACUCUGCCUUCCAAAGGACAAAUAGCAGUGAAAAGAGUGUCCCACGAUGCAGAGGAAGGGAUGAAGCAGUUUGUGGCUGAAAUCGUGAGCAUGGGUAAUCUGAAGCACAAGAAUAUGGUUCCACUUCAUGGGUAUUGUAGAAGAAAAGGUGAGUUACUUCUGGUAUCUGAAUACAUGCCCAAUGGUAGUCUUGACCAAUACUUAUUCAAUGACGAAAAACCGCCAUUUUCAUGGCGUCGAAGACUUGUAAUCAUCAAGGAUAUUGCUUCAGCUCUCAAUUAUAUGCAUACAGGAGCUCCCCAAGUUGUUCUCCACCGGGAUAUCAAGGCUUCUAAUGUUAUGUUAGACGCUGAAUUUAAUGGAAGGUUAGGGGACUUUGGUAUGGCAAGGUUUCAUGAUCAUGGGGCAGACCCUGCUACAACUGCUGCUGUGGGAACCAUUGGCUACAUGGCACCAGAGCUUUCUACAGGGGGAGCUUGCAAGGCCACUGAUGUGUAUGGCUUUGGUGCCUUUUUACUUGAAGUAACAUGUGGGAGGAGACCUGUGGAACCUGGGUUGCCCGCUGAAAGAUGGUAUCUAGUUAAGUGGGUCUGCGAAUGUUGGAAAAUGGCUUCUUUGCUUGGAGCUAGAGAUCCAAGAAUGAGAGGUGAAAUCUCAGCUGAGGAAGUCGAAAUGGUACUGAAACUAGGGUUGCUUUGCACAAAUGGUGUGCCAGAACUGAGACCUUCUAUGGAAGACAUUAUUCAAUACUUAAAUGGAAGCCUAAAGCUGCCUGAUAUCUCUCCAAAUUCUCCUGGUAUCGGGUCCUAUACCCCGCUGAUUAUCGGAUCUAACCCCCUCCCUGUCUCCCCCAGUACCAACACCUUCUACUCUUCUUCCUCAGCCAACGACUCUACAUUUGUCACUCACUCGAUUGUCCAUGGGCAUGGACGGUAAACUUUGCUCAUUCUGCUUGUAGAUAUUUUUUUCUCUGAAUGAGAAAAGCCAUGCUAGGCUUGUGUGAAAGUCCUUUGGUUUGGCAUUGUGCUCUCCUUGUGAAAUCUAUUUUUUGAUAUUCCACAAAGACAUCCAGCAUUGAAAAGUAGUGUUUGGAGUCUUUUGUAGAAAUGCUGUUUAUGCUUUGUAAAUUUUUAUGUUUCUUUACACUUUACUCUACAUUAGUUUAUUGCAUU